AUGAUUGCUUCAGAUAAAGCUUGUCAGGGCCCUUCUGGCCUUAAGCAUGAACUACAGCAACAGACUUCACUGAAGACAUUACAACAACAAUUUAAGAUGUCUAAAUUGGACUUGGUGAUCUUUGGUGCUACGGGCUUCACGGGUAAACAUGCGGUAGAGCACCUUGCCCGUGGAAUGAAGGAGUUCUCGGGUCGCAGCUGGGGUAUAGCAGGCCGCUCCAAGAAGAAACUGGAGGAGGUAUUGCAGGAAAUAUCUAAAAAAACUGAUGCCAACCUGUCCGGCGUGAGGGUGAUAGUCGCGGAUUGUGGCGACUACGAGUCUCUGAAGGCGAUGUGCGCGCAGACCCGCGUGGUAGUGAACUGCUGCGGACCCUACCGGCUGUACGGCGAGCCUGUGGUCAAGGCCGCUGUUGAGUGUGGCGCUCACCAUGUAGAUGUUAGCGGAGAACCGCAGUUCAUAGAGUUGAUGCAAAUCCAGUACGACAAGCAAGCGCGUGACGCCGGUGUCUACGUUGUAAGCGCGUGCGGGCUCGACAGUGUUCCCAACGACAUGGGCGUUAUAUACCUGGAGCAAAACUUCGAAGGAACUUUAAACAGUGUGGAAUCUUACCUGAGCUCAUCGCUACCGCCGGAGUUCCAGAAAGAGGCAAACGGCUACAUCAACUAUGGAACUUGGGAAUCACUCGUGCAUAGUUUGAUUCACUGGGAUGAGCUUGCCCCUCUCAGGAAGAAAUUGUAUUCAGAACGCAUGCCCACUUUCAAGCCUAAACUGCAGAAGAGGUCACCGAUCCACAGAUACAAUAACGGCUGGUGCAUACCAUUCAUGGGUGCGGACAACUCCAUAGUCUAUCGUACUCAACGUAACCUCUACGAGACUCAGAACAAACGCCCGGUGCAAUUCAAAGCUUACCUGUACUUCAAGAGCUUACUGCACGUAGUGAUGCUUAUGUUCUUCGGAAUACUGUUGUAUGUGAUGACCAGAACGAAGUUUACUGCCAAGCUUUUGCUGGAUCAUCCGAGGGUUUUCUCCGGUGGAUUCAUCGCUAAAGAGGGACCGAAGAAAGAGGUGAGUCAGAACACGCGAUUCACGGUGGAAUUGGUCGGGCGCGGAUGGCCUCAAGGCGUCGACGUGGCUUCUACUGCUCCGGAACGCACAAUGCGAGCCAAGAUAUCAGCCUUGGACCCCGGCUAUGGAUUCACUACGUUGGCCCUUUUGAUGUGUGCCAACACGAUCUUAACAGAGAAGGACAAGAUGCCCACGACCGGAGGAGUUCUUACAACAGGAGCCGCAUUCUCUAAUACCAGUCUAAUAAAGAAGCUGCAAGACAACAACACUACCUUCGAAAUCAUAGACAAGAAAUAA